AUGUCGGACUUUGACACCCCGCCAGAGAUAGAGCAGGCCCUCGCCCGGAUCAGCUCUUACCGGAAUGUCAGGGGCGUCAUGAUACUCCUCCGGGAGCCGCUGGGGAUCGUCAAGAGCUCGGGGGCGGUCUUUGAUGGCGAGGCGGGAAGGGUGUAUGCGAAGGCGGUCGAGGGAAUUGUGGUUACUACGGCGAGGGCAGUGGCAGAGUGUGAAGAAGGUGACGUGCUCAGAUUGAUGAGGAUACGAACGAAGCGACAUGAGCUCAUCAUCACCCCUGACGGUCGCUUCCUUUCGGUGGUCCUGCAAGAUCCGGAUCUCUGA